AAACUGAAAUUUCGAAAAUUUGAAAGAAAAAAGCAGAAUUUAGAAAAUUUGUCGAGUAUCAAGAAUAAAUAAAUAUUAGCCUUUGCCUCCAAAAGCUGGAAGGUUGGGACGAUGGAUCAAUAUUUACUAUGAAGUUGAUCGUAUGCAGAUUUCGCCAUUCUCUGCUCAUACACAGAGAAGCCUGCACUUUAGCGUGUAACAAUCUAGCAGAAACCCCGAAAGCUACUCAUGGACGCCACUACGAAGAAGCAACUGCAAAGUCACAUGCUCGUCAAAUGUUCGACAGUAUGCCUGAACUGAAUGUGCUGUCCGCAACUACACUAAUUAGCCGCUCCGCUCGCCUGCAGAAUUACGAUGAUGCCAUUUAUCUGUUUUCGAGAAUGUUCGAGUUAAAUAUUAGACCCAAUGAGUUUACAUUUGGCACUGUCAUUCACUCUUCGACUGUGCUGGGAGAUCUUUAUUUGGGGAGGCAGUUCCAUGCUUGCGCAAUGAAGAUGGGCCUGCACCCUGUUGUCUUUGUGGGCAGUGCGGUUUCUGAUAUGUAUGUCAAGUUGGGUUCUCUUAUGGAAGCUCGAAGAUCCUUUCAGGACAUUCACAACCCAAAUGUCGUGUCGUACACAACUUUAAUGUCUGGUUACUUGAAGAAAGAGAGGUUUGGCGACGCGCUUCAGAUUUUCCAAGAGAUGCCAGAGAGAAAUGUUGUUUCUUGGAAUGCAAUAAUCGGGGGUUAUAGCCAAAUGGGUCAAAAUGAAGAUGCUGUCAAUCUUUUUAUUGAGAUGCUGAGACAAGGUAUGACGCCUAACGAAUCUACAUUUUCUUGUAUUUUUAGUGCAGCUGCCAAUAUAGCGGCACUUGGAAUAGGAAGGAGUUUUCAUGGAUGUGCUAUUAAGAUCCUGGGUAAGCUUGAUGUGUUUAGUGCCAAUUCUCUUAUUAGCUUCUAUGCAAAAUGUGGAAGCAUGGAAGAUAGUCUUUUGGUCUUCAAUAAGCUUCCUGAUAAAAAUAUUGUUUCUUGGAAUUCUGUAAUUUGUGGGUGUGCUCAAAAUGGAAGAGGAGAUGAGGCGGUGGAUUUAUUCGAGAAAAUGUUAGUUGCAGGUAUUAGACCUAACAGUGUUACCCUUCUUGGCCUAUUAUGGGCUUGUAAUCAUGUUGGUCUAGUCGACAAGGGCUAUUCGUAUUUCAAUCAAGCAAGACUCAAGAACCCCAGCUUGUUAAAACCUGAACAUUACGCUUGUAUGGUUGAUUUACUGUCUCGAUCCGCGCGUUUCAGAGAAGCUGAGAAGUUUCUUCAUGACCUGCCAUUUGAUCCAGGAAUUGGGUUUUGGAAGGCAUUGCUUGGAGGGUGUCAGAUCCACUCAAAUAUGGUUUUGGGGGAGCUAGCAGUCAGGAAGAUCCUGUCUUUGGAUCCUGAAGAUGUGUCAUCAUAUGUAAUGCUGUCGAAUGCACAUUCUGCAGCAGGUAGAUGGCAGAAUGUGUCAAUGAUAAGGAAGGAGAUGAAAGAUAAGCAAAUGAAGAGGGUUCCGGGGUGCAGUUGGAUUGAGAUCAGAAGCAUAAUUCAUAUAUUUGUCACUGCUGACCAGAGUCAUCGACAGAAGGACCAGAUUUAUAUGGUUUUGGACCUUUUCUCUGAGCAUGUAAGAAAUGGAGAAAAUGUCAAUUUCUGAGUCUUGCACGUAGAUCUAUCAUGUUUGAUGGUAGUAGUCCUUCAUUUCUUGGCCUAUUGUGGGCUUGCAGUAGAAUCCAAAGUUGUAAAAGGGCUAAGCUUUGUUGUGUAUUCACAGUUCGUUUACUCUCUAAAUCCAUGCUUUCCACAGAGGCCACUAAGUCUCUUCAUGAUCUGCCUAUUGAUCAAGGAAUUGGGGUUUUGGAAGGCAUUGCUGGGAGGCUGUCGGAUCCAUUCAAAUGUGGAAUUGGGGGAUUUUGCAGCCAGAUAUCUCGUGGUAUGUAAUGCUUCUUAAUGCACAUUCUGCUGCUGGUAAACGAGGAUCUUUUGAUGAUAAUGAAAGAGAUAAACUAGAAGAGGGUUCCAUGUUGUAGUUGGUUGAGAUUAGAGGCAGAGUUCAUAGUAUGUCAAAUGUCAAUGCCUACAAGAGUCAAUAACGGAGGAACCAUAUCUAUAUGACUGUAUGGUCUUUGAUUAUUCUUAUUGAUCAUGCGAUGCAAGAGGUGGAGCUCUCCUUGAGCGUUAGCCGUUAUUUCAGUACUAUAGUAGAUAUUAAACGUUAUUUUACAAUUGGGGCUAACGACCGACCGGUGCACUAUUUUGGUAUGGUUUUUUCUUUUUUUAAUUUUGAAAAAAUAAUAGAUGGAUUUAUUUUAAACA